AAUGUCUCGGGUCUUAUGCCUUAUUGCUUUCUCAAUUGGGUUAACGAUAUGCCACGUGUCACCUCCGAUGGUAGUUGGAAGACCACGGGAUGGUCUAGUGGCUGGAGACCCUGCGGAAGGACCUACUACAGAGGACAAGUACAUGAUUUAUUCGGACAUUACGCAGAAGGUCGAUCAUUUCUCGAACGGGACAAAUAAUGGAGUUUGGCAACAGAGAUACCAAUACAACUCAAAAUUCUAUAACAAAACAACCGGAUACGUUUUCCUAAUGCUUGGAGGUGAAGGAUCUAUUAAUGUAACAAACGGAGACAAGUGGGUUCGUCAUGAAGGAGAGACAAUGAUGAAAUGGGUAGCCGAAUUCCAAGCAGCCGCUUUUCAAGUAGAACACAGAUUUUACGGAUCUAAAGAAUAUUCCCCAAUUGGAGAUCAGACAACUGCAAGCAUGAAGCUUUUGACAAUUGAUCAGGCACUUGCUGAUAUCAAAGAGUUUAUUACUCAAAUGAAUGCACUUUAUUUCAAAGAUGAUAAACCAAUUUGGGUGACAUUUGGAGGAUCAUAUCCUGGAUCAUUGUCUGCUUUCUUUAGAGAAACAUAUCCAGAAAUGACUGCAGGAGCUGUGUCGUCUUCUUCUGCUGUUCAUGUAUUUGUGGAUUAUUAUGAAUAUGCUAUUAACACUGAAAAGACUUAUAGAACUGUUAGUGACUCUUGUGGAGAUGUUAUCAAGGUUGCAUUCCAAAAUCUUAUUACCAAAGCAUAUAGUGGACCGGAUAGUCGAGCACUGCUCAAGCAACGAUUCAAUCUUUGUGAUAAUUUCGACGAAACCAAGUUAUCGAAAUCAGUGCAAUUCUUCUUCCAAAAUGUAUAUGGGUACUUCCAAGGAAUUAAUCAAUACACCGGAGAUAAUAGAAACAACGCCACCAGAUCCGGGUUGGGAGUUCCUGCAGCAUGCAAUCUACUGAACGAUAAGACAAUUGGAGAUGAAAUUCAGAGAGUUAUUGCUGUGAUGAAUCUCUAUGAUUCCUGGUAUAAACCAUCAGACAGUGGAUGUCGCCCGAAUAAUUACACAGCUUUUAUUCAAGCUUAUAGCGACACUACCAUGCCCGAUGAUGAUACUAUCAGCACUCGCAGCUGGAUCUGGCAAACUUGUACAGAGCUCGGAUAUUAUCAGACCACUGACGGAGGAAAUGGUGGAAUCUUUGGAUCAACAGUACCACUUGAUUUCUUCGCCGAUCAAUGCAUUGAUCUCUUUGGUCCUGAAUACACCCUGGAUAACACUUUCAAACUCGUAGAUCAAGUUCGCACAAAAUACGGAGGAGCUGAUGCGUACCGUGGAACCAAUGUUUGCUUCCCAAAUGGUUCUUUCGAUCCAUGGCAAGGCCUCGGCCACACGGCAAAUAUCACAAAUAAUAAUGUUGAUUCGUGGUUGAUCGAUGGAACAGCUCAUUGUGCUGAUAUGUAUCCAGCAAGAGAUUCUGAUAAGCAAUCAUUGAAAGAUGCGAGAGUCCGGAUUCAUGGUCAUUUAUCGAGGUGGCUAUCAGAUGCACAGGCUAUUAGGACUGCAGGUUCAUCAAAUAUCUCAAUCUUCGCAGCCGUCUGUCUUGUCAUGUUUAAGAUCUUAUUCUAAAUUUUUUAACACAUUCAAAACUAACAUUGUUGAAAAUUGAUAAACUUUUCUUCUU